AUGGUGACUCGUUAUUUUUUAUCAUUAUUGUGUGGUUGUAAACAGUAUUCUGUUCUACAACGCUUUUUGUCUUCCUCUCACGCUUCUUCUACCGUUGAUCAACUCUCACAUGAAUGGGACGUCGGUGCUUCCGAGUAUGAUCAAGUCUUCACUCAAGCUUUUCAAGUUUAUGCUCAACAAGCAUUGGAUCUAACAGUAACCGAUUCUACUACGAAAAAUAUUCGUCUAUUAGAUGUUGGAUGUGGCGGUGGUGCAUUGUCCCUUCUAGCAGCUACCAAAGGUUACGACGUCACUGCUGUUGAUUACUCACCGAGAAUGAUCGAAUUAUUAAAAUCAAAAACGAAUAGAGUGCAUGCUCAUGUCAUGAAUGGGGAAAAUAUGAGAGAAUUUCAAGAUAAUACAUUUGAUUAUGUUUACUCUUUAUUCAGUCUAAUGUUUUAUCCAAACCCGUUGCGUGGUGUCGAAGAGAUUUAUCGAGUGUGUAAACGAAAAUGUUGUAUCGUUACAUGGUCAUCGAUGUCUAAUAUCGAAUGGGUUAAACGAAAUAAUCGUGCUCUACUCAAAGUAAAACCGAACCUUCCUCGAUCCAAGCACACACGACAAGUUGAAUCAUUAUCGAAUGUCAACGAAUUCCGAAACUUGUUAAUAGAAGCAAAUGUAAAAGCUGAAAACAUUCAAAUUCACAAGGUGGCAAAGUCGAUUGAUAUCGGAAAUGAUCCUUAUGCAUUUUGGAAAAAUAUGACUCGAUCAUUUCCCGCUAUUCGAGAAACACUUCAUCAACACUACACGAAGGAUGAACAAAAUCAAGUGGAACAAGAAUUUGUUAAACAAUUAGAAAAUGAUUUUGGAACAAACAAAAAUAUCAAACUGACUGGUGAAGCAUUAUUCGUUAUUGCAGAGAAGUAA